AAUGGAGGGAAAUAACAUAUUGUAGGGUUAAUUUUAUAAACGGCUAACAAAGUAUUUUUGUCCAAAAAACAUACCAAAGUUCGUUUAUGACUUUAACCUUGUUUUAUCUAUUACUCUUAUUUUUGUCAAUAUAGACCUUUUGAUAAUAGCAAUAUGUAACAUGAAACUUGUGAAAUCUUUUAGUAUGGUUGAUUAUAUAAUGCUAUUAACGCUAUAGAAAAUUAAGUUUGUUAUUAUGAAUAAAUAAAUGUAAUUAUGUUGAUGUUAUGAGUAUAAAGUACGUUUUGUAAGCUUCAUUUGCAUAUUGUAAUCAUUUGAAGACCCUGACCGUGUCAAGAACUCAAUAUAAUUUUGUUUUUUGCCCAAAAAAAAGUAGAGGGGUUAGAGUUGACAAUAUUGAAUCGUAAAAACAAUGUAGUUGGGUAAAUAGGUCAGAAUAAGUCAAUAACAUAGAGUGAUGAUGGAAACAAGAUGAUUCCUGGAUUGUUGAGUGUGUAAUCGUAAUCUGCCUCUGAGAGAGUGGGAGAGAUAUGGAAGAAUCGCAAGAGAUUUUGUUGAAUUCGCUGGCGAAAGCUGGGGUUGCGAUUCCGCGGGAGGCUUUGUCAGUUGGAGAUCUAACACCGGAAGCGUUGGUGUCGAUCUGUGCUCAUUCUCUUCGUAUAAUUUCGAGCUCGGAAUCCUUUCCGAUCACUUUGCCGGAUUCUAUGGUCGAUCGUUUUAAAAUCUGCACCGAUCUUGCCUCAUCCGUCAAAGACCUAGGUUACAUCGGCGACAUGAGCUUCCAUAAGUUCCUGUAUCCAUCCGAAGAAGACAUGUAUAGGUUGAUAAGAUUUUUGGUUGGGAAGCUCUCUGAAUCAUCUACAACUGCAGUAUUAUUAAACACAAAGGAUAAUAAUGCACAAGUAAUGAUAAAUGAUGAAAAAUCAGAAAGAUCAUCCAAUGAUGAGGAACAAGAUUUGCAUACCAAAUUCGAAGGCGUAAAACUGAGAACUGAAGAAGCGGUGUCAAAUUCAAUUCAAUAUCCUGAAGAAGAUUUUGGAGCUCAUGAUUUGUUGAAAGCAGCAGUGGAAAUGGCUUGUGAUGAACAACACAUCGAUUCACACAUUACACAGCUAAAUGAGCAAAUAGACGCAAGGAAAACCAAUCUUGCAAAACUGGAGUCAAAAUGGAAAGCCAUCAUAAAGCCUUUAGAAGAUAAAAAAAGAAAUCUUGAAGAAGCUCUAUGUGCAAAUCAGCCAGAGUCUCAAGACCUGGAGUCCAUAUUGUUUGAAACAAAGCAGAGGGAAGAGGAAAUUUCCAAGGUGUCGAGAGAAGUUGAGAAAGUAGCGAAAUUGGCAACAAGGAGAUCUUACAUUGAACGGAUAAAAGAGAUCACCAAAAAUAGCAGGAAACAGGAGAUUGACAUAGAACGUAUCUUAAAAGAGACCCGAGAGCUUCAGUUGGAAAGUAACAUCAUUCAAGAACGCCUGCAUCGAACUUAUGCUGUGGUGGAUGAGACACUACUCAGGGAAGCAAAGAAGGAUCAAGUGGGGGAACAAGCACACAUUUUGGUGACAGGUAUCCACGAGAGUUUUGAAGAAAUAUCUGAAAAGAUCCUUGCAACUGACAGAGCUCGUAGAGAAAUGACAGACCUUGAAACUAAGCUUUCAAGUAUUGCUACACGAACUUUAAAUAUCCACAAACUACAGGCAGAUCUUGAUGCCAUAAGGAAGGAAAACGACUACCUUCAAUCUCAAUCUUAAAUCUUCAAACCUCCUCAGUCUACUUUUUUCAACACUGUUCUCAUCAAUUCUAUAUCGCUUUAGUUUCCUUUCUGGUAGCCCAUUUAUUGCCUUUUUCAACUACUAUUCAUGACCUACACAAUCAAACCUCGCUUUAAAUAAUAAAAUAUAAUCAAAAUUAUGAAGAGCUUUGUAAAUUCACAAGCAAACUUAUAUGAUGACAAUAGUUAUUUGACCCAAAAACUUUCUAAUAACCUCUUAUUGUCGUCAUCUCUUUCUGUCUAUUUGACCCCAAGGAUUUCCCACUUUUUAGGAAAUAAGUUGGAAUUUAUAAUUUUGGGUUAAUUGCUUAAAUAAUGUAACAAUGUUUCAUCUUUUUUACAAUUUAUGCACCAAUCAAUUAUCUCAUGUUGCUUCCAAGAACCAACCAUAUGUUUUAUUAAUCUUUGAACAAAUUGUAGGAUGUUAAUAGGUAUCUCUCUGGAAAAACAAAUGGAAGGAUCAAAGUAUUU